GAAAUUCCUGGUUAGUCUGUUCAAAUUGCAAAAGAGUACAUGGUUGUAAGUAGCCUGUGUUUUGCUGACCAAUCAAAUCGCCUGUUUCGUGUAGUGGACUGGGAAUGACAGCUGUGGUCAAUAUGGCUGCCAGUGAAUCUGAAGAAAUCGAUGUAGCGAAGGAGUUUAAUCUUCUCCCGAUAAUAUUCGAAACGAUUCAGGCACUGCAGAAGACAAACGAUCCCCAGGAGUUUACAAAGAAGGUUAAUGGUUUCCGUGCAAAGUUGCAACACUGCAGAGCAUUGUUAGACAAGAUACCUGGGAUAGAAAUGAGCUGUGAAGAGCAGAAGGAACUUUUAAUUAAGUGUAAAACCCAAUACACUGAAAAAUGUGAGCUGCUGAGAAAUUACAGAAAUCUACCGGUGUUUGCAGAAGCUUUUGUCAAGGAGACAAAAUAGUUGAAAUUUUGUGAUGUCAAAAACACUAGUUGGAAGAUGCAGAGGUUAAAAAACAAUUGAGGAUGCCUUUGUGCUGUUGGGAGGAGACUUCAUUCCCUUGGAAUGAGAGAAAAUUCCUGCCUCUAGAGGUGGAGGUG